GAAAACUAAAUUAAACAGGAUGAGGCCGGAAAAUCAUGUCGACCCGAAUUUGUUUACAAACAUGGACUACCUCCCCUACUGGCCUGAGCAGUUGAAGAAGUUUUGACAACUUGAACUUCCAAACGAUGAAACACACUGACAAAGGGGGAUAUCGGCUUGCAUAAAAAACCUCCUUAAACAAUGACUUCAUUCCUUUUCAUUAUAAAGGUCCCUGUCGAGGAGUCGAAGCAUAAAUCAAAGGAGACCGAUAAGCAAGGUAACAAAGAAGUACAAACUAACGAUUUAAAGAAGGAUGAAGUACAAAUUGACGAUCUAAAGAAGGAUGAAGUACAAACUGACGAUCUAAAGAAGGAUGAAGUACAAACUGACGAUCUAAAGAAGGAUGAAGUACAAACUAACGAUCAAAAAAUGGAUGAAGUAUCAAUUCAGAAGAAAGAGACCAAAGAUAAAGAAAUAGAAAUUUCUGAUCAAAAAGAGGAUAAAAUUACCAAAGAUGCCAUAGAUAAAGAUGAAACAAAGAAUACAAAUAAAACUCCUGAUGAUAAAAAUGAAUCAGACACGACUGAAGGAGGGGUUGUGCAGCAAUCAUCAGCAACAACAUUAGACGAAUGGGAUUUUGGUGAAGAUGAUCAUGAAACAGAAGAUAGUAAUGGCGAUGCUGAAGAAAAGUCUCACUUAUUGGCAGAAACACUAGAAAAAGACGUUCUAGAUAAAAAAGAUUCUGAGCCGAAAAUUUUUGAAGUUGAGCCAGUCGAUGAAGCAUCAGAAAUAUUACCUUUAUUGGAAGGGAGUGAAAAAUCAGAGGAAUCAAAAGAUUCUCCAAAAAAGUUAUUUGCCGUUACAGCAGUUGAAGAUCCAAAACCAGAAACUGAAAGCAAAGAAAAAGAACCUAUUGCAACUGAGAAUUUUUAUAAAUCAACAGACAAAAAGAAUGCAGUCAGUUUACCAGAGAUUAAAUCUUCACUCAUUCUAGGUAUACCAGAGAAUAAAUCAUCUGUCAGUCUACAAGAAGACAAAUCAACUGCUAGUCUUCCAAGUAAAGAAUCAGCAGCAAGUCUGGAAAAUCUACCAAAAAAGGUUCAGUUUAUGUCACAAGUUUCAGCGCCUGAUGAAGAACAUCUUCACCCCUUCAUUGAACCAACAACUAUUCUAGAGGAUACAGAAGCUUUAUUAGAUAAUUUUGGAAUUGAGAAUUAUGUUGUGUCGAAAACAGCCAGUGGAAAAUUCUAUCAGAUACUAUUUAUAGAUGAAGGAGGAGAACAGUGUGAAAUGAUACUAAAUAAAUUGGUAGAUCAAGGGAUUGGAAAAAUGGAUAAUACUUCUGUAGGAAUUUAUCCAUCGAGCAUAUUUAAAGGUGCAGUAACAGACAACAAUGAUGAGAGUGAUUGUGACAGCGAAGGAAUUGUGGGUGUUAAAAGAUCACUAUACGAGGGAGAAUUUAGGAAAUCCAUAAAAGCGAGACUCUUAGUGUCACAGGUAGUAACUGCUGUUCAGAGUAAUGCAGAAUUUAAAUUUGACUAUCUAAUGCUUAUAAUUACAGCCAGUAUAAUUGCAGCAUUAGGAUUGAUAGAGAGUAGUUCUGUAAUACUGGUAGCAAGUAUGUUAGUUUCUCCUCUAAUGGGACCAAUACUAGCAGGAACCUUUGGAUUUGUUAUAAAAAAUGACUCAUUGAGAAAUCUAGGAAUAUUUUCUGAAAUCAAGGGCUUAUUGAUAUGUGUUCUAUGUGGGUUCAUAGUAGGGUUAAUUGCAUCUAGUAUUGCUGUCAACUAUGGAACAUUAGGAGGAACAGAAUCAUGGCCAACAGAUGAAAUGAAAGUCAGGGGAGUGUUAAGAGGUCUUGUUCCAGGAUUAAUGAUUGCUUUAGCCUCUGGUAUUGGUGUAGCCUUGUCUGUUUUAGGAGGUAAUGCUGGGUCAUUGGUGGGUGUGGCCAUCUCAGCUUCACUCCUUCCCCCAGCUGUAAAUGCUGGCAUGUUAUGGGCACAUUCCUUAGUAACUGUGAUAAAACCAUUAGAACUAGUCCCUCAAACAUUCAUCGAAAACCAGAAUACAUCCAUGAAUACAACUGUCAACGUGACUGUAAAUACAUCAGUUUCUCUAGCUUGUCCUGCCUUCCUCAACAAUAAAUAUGAACCAGUCCAUAGCUGUCAGAUGGAGAUUGAGUCAGUCAUUUUAGGAUUGAUAAGCCUCAGUCUGACCAUACUUAAUAUUGUCUGUAUCUUUGUUAUAGGAAUUAUAUUCCUCAAGAUAAAAGAAGUGGCACCUCAGACUUCAGUAUCAGAUGAAUCCAGGGGUUUUUGGAAAGAUGACAUCAAGAUUGCCAGAGAUUCAUAUGUGACUUUGAAGGGGAAAGAUUCUCUGAAUUUUGGAGCUGAAGCAAAGAAACUCUUAGAAGAAUUGAGGAAGAAGCAAGGAGUUAAAAGUGAAGGAACUGCUGAACGUCUUAGAACUAUCAUAGAGUCGGUUGAACAAGAACCAUCAGUGCAAUAUGUUCAGAGUCGUAUUCCAGGCUCAAAUAGAACUAAUGCAUUUUCUCGACAGCUUUCUACUGAUCUUUUUACACCUGAUGCUGUUUUUUCACCAACAUUUCCAAAGCGUUAUCAUUACACAUAUCAUGGUCCCUCAAACCAGUCAAGCAUGGGAUCCUUCAGACCAGUACGUACAAGAAGUGAUAAUACUCAUAAGACUGUGACUACUACACCAAUUGUAGAUACGAUGGAUGAAUCUUCUCCACUAACAGAUGGCAGCACUGCAUCAAGUUCUAAGCACAGUUCUGGUACCAGUAUUUCAUUCUUUGACAAACUGAAAUCCCCAACCAGUUUACUAUUCCAAAGAAGAAAAAGAUCUUACAGUGUUGAACUGCAUGAAACAGCUCCUGUUUAAAUAAUCGGGGAACUACUUUUGAUUUCUGGAAGGUGCUGGAAACUGAAUUGGUAGCAUGAUUUAAAUGAAAUGUUUUUUGUCUUGCCUUAAAAAAAAUAAUUGAAUGUUAGACGCAGUAUGUAUGUGGGAGAUGACACACUUUUGGGAGGUGGGAUAUAGGCGGUAAAAAAGUUGGGAUGUUGGAUAAAAGGGUGAAAAAAUCUGGAAAAAGAACGAAAAAAAGUCCAAAGUUUGAAAAAAAUACAAAAAAGCUAGAUUUGGGAAAUAAGAAACCCUGUGUCCUCCCCUUGCUUAAUAUUUGAAAUGAUAUUAGUAAUGAAUAAUCUUUAUUUUGUACAUCAAUGUCUUUUACAGAAGUUACUGUUUGGAAUAUACAUGUAUCAGUUCUUCUUCACUUUUUGUUCAAGGUUCAGUGACUUUGUAAAUAUAAAAUUUAUUUGUCAUGAUUUAGGUUUUCUCUUUAGUAAAAGUAAGUAAUACUCAGUUGAUCAAGGUUUUAUUUCAACAAUAUGAUCAGUUUCUAUGUCGCUAUGAAUAAUAUGUUAAGUAGGUCUUGCAAGGGGUUUAUGCCCUUGACCUCAUUUUCAUACUUCACCAAACGAUAUUAAGAUUUUGUGCUUAGUCCAAUGUGUCAGUCACUCAUAGUGAUAAGUAUAGUACAUUUCACUUAAUAAAACCAUUUCCCAUUGUACAUGUACAUGUUAAAUAGGAUUUUUAGGUGUAGACUUCAUUUACAUGCUUCAUUGAUUAACAUCUAGAUUUUAUGAGUAGUUUUGUUAUUUUGUUAUUAUCAUGUUGCACGUAAACUAUGUAGAUUCUGUAGAAUCAGAGAUGUUAAAGACAAUGAACAGCAUUUGCAGCCUAAAGCAUUAAACUGGAAGAAAUUGAAGAAUGCACGUUUGGUUUUAAAUUGGACAUGUGUAUAAAUUCGCAAAAAUAUAAAAAUUUGAAAUGAAUGAUUUCAUUAUUUAUUACAUUUUUUAACCACGGGGAAUAAAAGCGCAUAGAAAAACUAAAUGUUAGACCUGACUUGAUGACAGAGUUUGACUGUGAUGUCAUUUGUAAGCAAGGGUUUAAAAAUCUUAAUCCUGAUAUACAAUGAAAUCUUUAUUUUUUGUUUAAUUGUCAUGUUUAUUAAAGUCUGAAAGUACAAAAUUAUAACUCAAUGCAUAGAUGAUUUUUGGAAAAAGCAACGAAUGAAAGGUGUAGAAUUGUGCAUCCUUUCUUCACAUUCUGACAAUAGCAUAAAAGUAGAGCUGUGCUCAAGGAUAAGUAAAAGAAUCAUCAGUAGAAUGGAAUCUAUUCCAAAAUAGUUAAAACAUAUUUUAUUGACAUAAGCAAUUACAAUAAAAUCCAGACUUAGAAGGUCUUCUUUAAACAGCAAAGCAACAUAGAUUGUUCUGAUAUAGUUUCAGUUGAUUUUUCAUCCAUAUAUGGAGUAUGCUUAAAUUUGACUGGACAAAUGGUAUUACCAAUAUGAGAAUUAAAUUGCAAUGAAUUGGAAAACCACCGAAAAAACUUGACAAGCAAAUUAGCUGAAUUUUUGUGAAAGAUACUUUUGUCCAAAGCUGUAAUUUCAAAUUAGCUGUGUAAUUAUUAUAAUUGUUAUGUAAAUUAUUAAGAAUUUCUAUUUACGAAUUUAUGUGUUUGUAAUUUUCUUUAAGAUUUUUAUAUUUAAGAUUGUAUUAUAUGCAUGUGCAAUGAAUUAUUUGUUGUAUUUUUUACCUAAAAUUUGAAAAUUGUUGAACUUUUCAGAAUGUCUUGCAACAUGUACAUUAAGAGUUUUGCUGACAUAAGUUGAAUUCUCUUGCUAGGGAAUUUGUUAAGGUUUUCAAAAAAAACUAGUCAUGUUGUUAAAGUGUCUUGCCUUAUAUAUAAACAAAACAAAAAAUGGUGCAUUCCACCAUAAAUGUAUCUAAAUAUAUAUAUAAAAAUAUAUAAAAAAUUAUAUGUGAAAAAUAUAAAAAAUCUUCUUAAGUCUGUCUAAGUUAUGUAUACAUUUGGAAAUCAUAUGAUUUAGAUUUCUAAAGUCUCAUAUUCAAGAUGACUGAAAGGGAGACAGCAGAACUUAUAUAAAUGUUUAAGGAUGUUUGGCACUCUAGUUUUGAACUUUUUUUUCAGAUAUUCAGAAUCCUCUAGUUUUAUCCAAUGUAGUACCAAUAAAAAUUUUGCCUGCGAACCCUCACUUUUCUUUGCAUAAUUUUAUUACAUAUAGUUUAUAAAGCAAUUUUUAAAAAUCUUAUAAAGUCCUUGUUAUUUUUUCAUAGUUUUGGAAAGUAAAAAGGUGGUAAUGUUAAAUGUAUGAAAAAUCUAGAGAGAAUCAUUUCCCGCCAAAUUUUCAGUUGAUUAUAUCUCAUAAACAAGGACACGGACCUGUCUUUUUUUCUGCUUUUUAAGUUCUGUUCUUUAUAAACUAUCAACUUAUAAUAGUCUUUUAAAAAGGUAUUUUGAAACAGAGGAGCGAACAUUCUUAAAUAUUAUAUUGCACUGUGGUUAUAUAUUUACAAAAUCCAAAACAAACUGUCCAUUUAGUUGUGGAAAAAUACCUGGUAUUUUUUCAAUCAUUUUUUUCAAAGCUACUUAAUCCUUCUAUUAUAUUUGGUCAGAUUGAUAGAAGAAAAUACAGGGUAUUUUGAAAAUAUUACAGCAUAUGUACUUAAGAAUAUAUCUCCAGUCUCACACAUUUAACAUUUUUGCACAUGAUCCUCUAUAUUUCUCAAUCAUUUCUUAAACAUAUCUCAAAAUUGAUUGUAGUAAAUUAUUUUAAAAAAAUGAGAUACUUGAUAUAUAUUUUUCAUACAGUAUUUAUUAAUUUCUUUCUGGUGCACUCCUUAGAAAAAAUUCCUGAGAAUUCAUAUACAUACCAAAAAUUCUAGUUUUUCAAAGGGUUAUAACUUACAAAAGCACCAGGACCUUUCUUUAUUUUACCCUUAUUUUGAUGUAUUGUAAACUAUGAAUUCAAAAGACAAAUUUUGUCAUUAACAAUUUCAGUAGAAAAUAUCAUAAAGUUUUUUGUUUAAAUCUACAAUGGUUGGAAAUAUGAUAUAAAUAAUGAUUAAUUAUUAUUUAUGAUUUGUUAUUGUUAAAUUUAUUGUAUUUGUAUUGUUGAUUUGUUCUCAUUCCGUGUUAAGAUAUAUAGUCUGUUAUUUUAAUAUUUGUAUAUUUAUUUGAAUUUUUCCCAUUAUUUUUCUGUUAUGAAAUAUUUUAUAGUAUUGUACACUGAAUGUCUAGAUAGACAAACACAAUGAUUUUGACUACAAAGUACAAUCUUCUAAAAUUUCAAAACAGUUUACAUCAUUGAUAGCAGGAAAUCAUAUUAAAUACAGUAUUUUUCAUUUUGUUGUACUGUACACAAAAAGCUGAGAUAUUUUUAUAUGAAGACCACAAUACUUUUUUCUUCAUAAGCACAACGAUUUUCACUUAUACAAUAUGAAAAAGUGUCAAAACAGUUGAUAUUUGUUCCCAUUAAGUGAUUAUGGCAGUAUUGUUUAAACUUUUGGUCUUGCAUGUAAUUUCAGAUGUUUAGAGUGCUGAAAGUGGCAUUAAACACAAACAACCAAUCAAUCAGUGUUGAUGGCAGUGGAUCUUAUUUAAAACAUGACUUUUUUUAUUUUGUAUUUUACACUAAAAACCAAAAGCGAUUUUUUAUAAGCAGACGACAAAUACAAUCGCCUUAUAUAAACACAACGAUUUUCACUAAAUCGAUUUGAUAAAGUGUAGUUGACAAUGUUCAUAACAGUAUUUUGUAAACUCCUGCGCCUUGCAUGUAAUUUUAGUUAGUUUAUUUCUCAGUUCAAUCUAAUAUUUGGUCAAUGUCAGUUAGUAUAUUUAAACAGUUUGACAGCUGUUUUAGUAUUAUUUGUCUAACAGAAAGUUAUGUAACUUGGAAGUUUUUUUAAAUAUGGUGAAGAAAGAAUUGGUGGUGGGCUUGUGGAGGGCUGCCAACAGUUUCAGUGCAAUAACUUAAAUUUUAAUAUUCUAAUACUGAUGACAAAAUUUAGGUCAAGUUAGAUAAUGACCAUUUUUACUUUUAUCCUUCAGGAUUUAUGGUCCUUGAUAGAUUUUAAAAUUGCACUUUAUGUAGAUUCCGUGUAAAAAUCUGUGAACCGUUCAACCAAUGCUUUUCAAAUUUUGGUAUGUUGUUGAUCACAAAAUGGAGGUCAAUUUUAAAUUAAUGAUUUUCACUUUUGCUGUUCAGGAGUUAAGGUCCUUGAUAUACAUUUAAAAAUAGAUUCAGAAUGUGGCAGGUCAAACAAGCCUGAAAGUGCCUUCAAAAUACAGAAAACUCGGUUUGCUGUCAAAUUGACAGCUCAUUUCUUGUUAUUUAUUUUUUAUACUGUCCCAUUUAUACACGAUAAUUUACACUUCUUUAACUGUGAUAAAGUUGUCAAAAGUAAUUUUUCAGGUUUUUGUCUAUCAUCGAAAGUAGAAAAAAUGUAUUAAUGGUUCUUGAAAUUAAAUUGACAUGUUAAUUCAUUGGAGGUUUCUAAACAAGUAAUUAACAAUAUUUCAAUUAUUGUUUAUGAUAUUUUUGUCCUGAAUAUGCAUGAAAUAUUUGCUGCUGAAGGUUUAGAAAACGACUAUCAAUCAGUCAAUCUACCUCAACAGUGACAGUAAAUUCAGAAUUGUUUGCGUGCAUUUAUUACUGUGAUUGUUGAACAAUGAAAAAAAAUGUGAUUUUUAGUUAUUUUUAUACGACCGCAAAAAAUUUUUGCGGUCGUAUAAUGGUAUGACGUUGGCGUCGUCGUCGUCGUCUGGCGUCGUCCGAAGACACAUUGGUUUUCGCACUCUAACUUUAGUUUAAGUGAAUGGAUCUCUAUGAAAUUUUACCAUAAGGUUCAAUACCACAAAAGGAAGGUUGGGAUUGAUUUUGGGGGUUAUGGUACCAACAGUUAAGGAAUUAGGGGCCAAAAAGGGGCCAAAAAUAAGCAUUUUUGUAACUUCCAGACAUAACUUGUGUGUUAGUGUAUGGAUCUCUCUGACAUUGUUCCACAAGGUUCCAUAUCACACAGGGAAUGCUGGGAUUGAUUUUGAGGGUAAUUGCCUCAAAAUAUUAGGAAUUAGGGGCCAAAAAAGGGGCAAAAAACAAGCAUUUUUCUAGUUUCAUGACAAUAACUUGUGUGUAAGUGUAUGGAUCUUUCUGAAAUUGUACUACAAGGCUCCAUAUCACAAAGGGAAAGCUGGAAUUGAGUUUUGGGGUAAUUGCCCAAAACGUUUAGGAAUUAGGGGCCAAAAA